CCGGCCAGCGGUCAAGUUCCAUCGUGAUUUGAGGUUAUCUAUAUGCCAAAGUCAAAGCAUUCACGCAAAAGCUGUCAUCGUUACUUCAACAGACUGUGAUCACCUGAAAAUUAUGUGGCUGUACAUCCCUCGAUUAUAGAGAAAUUAACAUUUUUCGUAACGAACGAUGAAAUAAGUACACCGUCGUAUUCUUUGGAAUGUUAAUAUAAAUAUAUUUGUACGCGUCGACCAACUCGAAAAUGGCACUUGUUAACAUCGAAGGAAUCGACCCUUGGCUCACGGAAUAUGACGCAUGCGAGAAGCUGUUUCGUGAGAUUAUGGAACAUCUCACUAUGCGCGAUGGGACCCCAAAGACGUCGAAAACUUACGCUAGCUUGUCAGCCAACAUAAGAUUGCGCAUGAAGCAGUACACGCGGGAAGUUCAGCAAUUAAAGUCCAAAGUGGAAGAAGCUUCUAAACUGAAAACAAUAACGUUUGAGGAAGCUGAACGUAGGACGAGACAAGUGGAACAAUUGCAAAGCAAGGAUAUUCAGUUACAAAGAUUGUACGAGCCGCGUACAAAUGACUACGUGUCGUCGCGCGCCAGCCUAUUGAAGACAGGUUCGUCAGCUUUCGCCGACGGUGGCACAACUUCUUGGGCUGCCGACGAUGAUGACGACAAACCGUUAGACGUACAAGUGUCUGUCAAUGAUCUUAUGAGUCACCAAGAUCGAGUAUUGAUAGAACAGGAUAAAGGCUUGGAAGAGUUAUGUAAAGUGAUUGUUCGCCAAAAGGAAAUUGGACAAACGAUUAGCAAUGAGGUGGAUCACCAAAACGAGGUAAUUGAUGAUCUGGCUGAUCACAUGGAGAGGACCGAUGAAUCUUUAAUCAACAAGACCCAACAGGUUCGUAAUAUUCAUUCCAAAGACCGUACAUGUGUGUACUGGAUAGUGAUACUUCUACUUUUUAUCGUUAUUAUUAUUGUUUCUUUAAUAAACUAGUAUAAUUCUAAAAUAAUAUUUUUUUACCCAAGAUUAUUU